CUCCCUCCCUCUCUCUUCUCGUUCCAUUUUACUGUGCGCCUAGGGGGAGUUCUUUGCCAUCUGCGAAAUUCUCUCACAACAAACUUUUUAAUCGGACAUUAGAUAGCGUUGCAAGGACACCUGCAUCAAAACCAUAAUAUUCUGAAAAUUCGAUUCGGACAUACCGUGAACCGCUCGGGAAAUCAUUUUUCUUAUGUAGAUUUUAGUACCCUUGAAAUAGUUUGUUUUUAAUUCGAAAACUGGGCACUGGAACAUGUCGAGGAGAAGAUUUGGUGCUAAGGGUCCCGAAGUUGGGACGCAAGUGAUGCGCAAUGUGUGAGUUUCUGCAAUGAAUGGGAGCAGACAAAUACAAUCACUGUCAAAUCCAAAGACAACUCAACAUUAGAGUCAACAGGAAGAGACACCCCCAGGCAUCAAGGAACUCUUCUAGAGGAGGACGACCACGCCAUUGGCUCAAAAUCCCUCUCCUUCUCUAUUCAACCCCCCAACCCCACCCCUUCAAAGCAGUGAAAGGUGCGAGAGGAGCGCUUGUGGGCGGAGCCCUCUGUUGGAUUCCAUUAAACACUUUUCUUUAAUACACCUGUGAAACACAAACCGACCAAUCAUCAUGCAGACUUCGUCGAUCCGCCGCCAGAUGAAGAACAUGGUCAACCAAUACUCAGAGGCUGAGGUCAAGGUCCGCGAGGCGACCUCCAAUGACCCCUGGGGCCCCCCGUCCUCUCUGAUGUCGGAGAUCGCCGACCUGACCUUCAACGUGGUGGCGUUCACCGAGGUCAUGGGCAUGAUCUGGAAGCGUCUCAACGACAGCGGCAAGAACUGGAGACACGUGUACAAGGCCCUGACGCUGCUCGACUACCUGAUCAAGACGGGCUCGGAGCGCGUGGCGCAGCAGUGCCGGGAGAACAUCUAUACCAUCCAGACCCUGAGGGACUUCCAGUUCACGGACAGGGAUGGCAGGGACCAGGGGGUGAACGUACGGGAGAAGGCCAAGCAGCUUGUGGCCCUAAUGAGGGACGAGGAAAGGCUGAAACAGGAGAGGACCCUGGCUCUGAAGACCAAGGAGAGGAUGGCUGGAACAGCCGCCGGGUCGGGGAUGGGCUCCAGUUCCCUGCCGCCGCCCUACCCAGGCCGCCCGACCAGCCAACCCAGCAUGACCGCUCUCUACGGGGAGGAGUUCAGUCGGUCCAGAGGGUCCCAUUCCUCCUUUAACUCUGCUUCCUCCUCCCCUCACCGCGCCUCCUCAGACUUGGAGCAGGCCCGCCCCCAGACCAGCGGGGAAGAGGAGCUGCAGCUUCAGCUGGCUCUGGCCAUGAGCCGAGAGGAGAGUGAGAAGCCUCCCCUCCCGGUGGACAUUGAUGAACAGACCCAGCUCCAGAUCGCUAUGAGCCUCAGCCAGGUGGAGGCCUGCAAGCCGGCUGCGCCACCUCCGGUCGCCGUGGACAUGGAUGAAGAGACCCAGCUCCAGAUAGCCCUGAGCCUGAGCAAGGAGGAACACAAGCAGGAGCAACAGAGUCGCCAAGGAGACGAGUCGUUGCUGCAGAAAGCUCUGGAGGAGAGCAAGCGAGAGGCGGCGGCUGGUGGAAUUGGGUCGGCCAUGAUGGACCUGGUGGACGUUUUUGCCGUGACCUCAGAAGUUCCCCCGGAUACCAGCGUCAACCCCAGGGACCUGACAGGAACGGAGCGUCACACCCCCCUCCACCACCCCCUCCCCAUGGCCGGGGCAGGUUGUCUGGCCGGGGCUGGAGCCGCCUCCGACCCCUGGGAUUCUCUGGUUGAAGCUCGCUCCACCCCGCCAGUUAUUGAGUCUCCCUGGACGGCCCAGCCGAGCUCCAGUAGCUCCUCCCUUCCAUGGGAUCGUACCCGGUCCCCUCCGGAUCCCUGGGAGUCCGCGGGGGUGGUGGACCCAUUCUCUGGCCCCGGUUCUCUUCAAGUUCAGCCUCACCGACAUGGCAGCCCUACAGAUGGAGACCUGUUUGACGAGGCGAUGGACGGAGGCCAUUUUAGUGUGAACAGUCGAGGGGAGCGAGAGGUCAGUCCGGAGCUCUUUGACCUGUCUCGUCUAGGGGAGAGUCUGGGGGAGCCCAGCCCUCGGACCUGCCGGACCCCAGAAUCUUUCCUGGGUCCGACAGGGGCUUCCCUGGUCAACCUGGACAGCUUGAUCCCAGCCAAUCCUCCGGCCAAGACCAAGAAUCCUUUCCUCUCAGGUCUGAGUGCUCCCUCGCCUCUCAACCCGUUCCAGAGUGAACAGCCUCGUCUGACGUUGAACCAGAUGCGUCCCAGCUCCACGUCUCCCAUCCCCCCAUCCGGGCCCCCUUCGCUGCCCUACAGCGCCUCCCUCCCCCUGCCCGCCGCCAGCCACCAGCCGGCUAGCCUUCCUUCCUCCCUCACCCAGCCCACCCACGGAGGCCUGGACAUACCCGGGCUGCCGCAGCCUUUGCUACCCCUCUCGUCCACCUCCUCCCUGGGGGACCAGCACAGUCAGAACCCCUUCCUAUGAUGAGCUCCAACCUGACUGGAGUCGGGACAUUAAACAGCACUCUAUUCCCUUCCUAGUGCACUAUUUUAGACCAGGGCCCAUGGCACUCUGGUUAAUAGUGAGCUAUAUAGUGAAUAGGGUGACAUUUAGGACAGCAAACUCAGAGAAUUUGUAGGUUAUAUUCUUGAAAUAUAGCCAAUCUAACCUCAAAACUCAACAACUGGAAUUCAGACGGAACUGAACUGAACUCUUUCAGUCUACGUUUUUCUUUUCUUAAAUUGGACACUAGUACUAUAACCCUUAGAGUGCGACCUCUGCUAUGCUCUGUGCUUAAACCCUAACCUGGCUAGGAACUCACCUCUGCCAAACUGAGGAAGAGGACACAGAGAGAAUAUGUCACAGAGGGUGGACCACUGUCCAGUAAAAUGCUGAGUCAAUAAUAAUGUAAUGCUAACGACAGAUACGUACAUACACGGCUACGCUGGAGCACACACUACGCUGUAGAAAGCACUGGCCAUUUAACGCUGUAGUGCUGAGCUAUACUGUACAGAGUUCUUUAUGUAACAACUGCUUCUCCGAGUACUUCUCGAUCCCUUGCCCCGCCCACUCUGCUGCAUACUCCUUUGAUUGGCUUCUCACUGUUGCUGCCGAUCGAGCACUGAACUGAUAUUACACCAGAUACGCCUGCUUAUCUUUCUACGUCGGACCUCUCUGCACUGGGCGGGUCGGCCAUUGCACUGCUCUACACUGAUUGGAGGAUGUUACAUUACAUAGCAUUCAGAUGGAAAUGUAUCAUAAAAAACAAACAUGAUUGUCUUUCAGAUGAAUGGUGUAGGCUGUAUUCAUUCUAUUUCUAUUUACGAAUGUUUCACAUUACUGUCUUUUACCCUGAUCUCAGAGAACGGAAGGAGAACAUGCUCUGUCAAUGAUGGAACGCCAGCCAGCCAAACCCAUUCACUUAUAAAACACUCGCAGAAACAGAUUGUGUUGGACUAGGUAUAGUAAGGCUUGUUCUGUGGGUAUCGUAAUUGUGGAAGGAACAGGACUGAUGACAGUGCGAUAAUGAUUUUUUUUGUGAGUUGAAUUGGACUGGAGUGGGUUUCCUUUGGUGGACAACAAUGAAAUCUGCUUUGCAAGAGACCAGGGCUAAUGUAGGAUUUCCUGUAGGUGCAAAUUCUAACAUGCAUUGAGGUCAAAGGGAGAAUGAACAUUCAACUGAGCUGGACAUUAGUGAGAAUUCAUCCCUAUGGGCCAGGCAACAUGAAAUAAUGUAUGAAUAGAAAUCCAUAAUUUGUUUCUUCUCUGUCUCUUUCUCAAUGCUCAAUCACUACUUGUGAAACACUGAUUCAACAAAAUAUAAGGGUACAAUUAACAAAAAAACAACAUACCUUGCA